AAUCCAGUCAUGUCAUGGUCAAGUGUCAAGUCAACUAGGGUUGGGGUAGGGAGUGAUUUGGAGAUUUCUCUAUUUUGGAGAAACAUUCAAUUAAUUUGUAAUUUUACUCCGAACUAAAUAAAAGAAUUAUGAUUUGAUUGGUUCCUUGCCCCUCAGUGAAUCAGGACAAUAAGUAAUAAUGGUCACCGAAGAUUACAUAAAGACGGAAUACCCAUUGCACUGGCUAGUGUGGAAAAAUGAACAUAAACUUUUGGAGAAGUUAGUAAAGGAUAAGAAGAAUGACAAAGAAAAAGUGGAUAAUAGAGGCAGGACUCCCUUAAUGUUAGCUGUAACUUUGGGCCAUCUAGAGUCUACUAGGGCCCUAUUGAAUCAUGAGGCGAAUGUUAAUUGUGAAAAUAAAGAUGGUUGGAAUGUUGUUCAAGAAGCAGUUGCCACUGGAGACCCAGAACUUCUACAUAUUGUUCUUGAAAGAAGAGACUUACAAAGAUAUACUAGUCGAAUGGCCGGUAUACCAGACUUACUACAAAAACUAAAAGAAGCUCCCGAUUUUUAUGUGGAAAUGAAAUGGGAGUUUACUAGCUGGGUACCCUUGGUAUCUAGAAUGUGCCCCAGCGAUACAUAUAAGGUAUACAAGCAAGGUUCAAAUGUUAGAAUAGAUACCACACUGCUAGGAUUUGAUCAUGCCAGCUGGCAACGUGGCAAUAGAAGCUAUGUAUUUCAGAGUCAAAAUGGUGGUGCUACAAUGAUGGAAAUCGACCACGAUUUACGUCAAGUGUACUGCGAAGAAAUGCGUAGCGCGGACGAUACUUUAGGAAUUUGGCUGCCAAAUGAAGAGACUGUAUCACAACGUCUUACCAAUCCCAUAGUCACCACUUUUGUAGAUACUGAAAAAAUUAGUUUUGAACGAAAUAAAGCUGGUAUUUGGGGCUGGCGAUCGGACAAAAACGAAACGGUGAAUGGGUACGAAUGCAAAGUAUUCGGCGCCUCAAACGUAGAAUUAGUUACAAAAACCCGAUCUGAACAUUUGACUGAAUAUGAUAAGGCUCGAAGUAAAACCUUGCGGACGCCUUUGCAAAACUUUUUGGGCAUCGCGGAAGUUGGAGCGUCCCAGAGCAGUGCGGAAAUACCUAAAGAAGAAUUUUCAAAGAACACAAAUCCCUGCAAUAUAACUCCUGAAGAAUACUUUGAUACCUCUGUAGAUCUCGAAAAUCGUGAUAUAGGUAGGCCCAAAGAAGUAAAUGUAAAAAUUCAAAAAUUCAAAGCGAAUUUGUGGCUGUGUGAAGAAUACCCCUUGUCCUUACCAGAACAAAUACUGCCCAUUGUCGAUCUGAUGGCGAUAUCCAGUUCGCAUUUUGCCAAAUUAAAGGACUUUAUCCAGAUGCAAUUACCUAGCGGUUUUCCUGUUAAAAUUGAGAUUCCUCUCUUUCACGUCCUUAAUGCCCGCAUUACUUUUGGUAAUAUUUUCGGCAUGGACACUCCUGUAGACAAAGUAUCUACAUUACAAGAAGACGAUCGAGUUACGUGCAUUUUGGAGGAAUCUUUGUUUCAAUGUCCACCCAGUUACAUUCAGAUUGGUAAUGCCGGCACUGACGGAAGGAGACAAUUUAACAAUGAAGAAGAAGACGACCUUUUACAGUUUGCUAUCCAGCAGAGUUUAAUCGAGUCGGGAACUGAGAAAGAAGAGGUGGAUAUAUGGGAGGCUCUACGAGGUCAAAAGCCUUCACGUCCCGAAACGCCAGUAAAUUUCGAAGAAAGAGAACUUCAAAAAGCAAUACAAGCCAGCUUGGAGCAGUACCAAAGUCCUCCUUCAGACGGUACGGAAAGCCCCAACACUGCCGAAUUGGACUAUGAUUUGCAGAUGGCGCUGCUGAUAUCGAAAAAGGAACGGGACAAGGAAGAACAGAACCGUUUAGACGAAGAAAAAAUGCUAAAAGAAGCUUUGGAAUUAUCUUUAAUGGAAAAAUAGUGUUUGGUGGUUGUUUAGGAUUAUUUGUCAUUCAUUUAAGGGUAUGAAAGAUAUAGGAUAGUGUGAGGAUAAAAUGAAAUUAGGAUAUUAUCACCAAUUUUUACAAAAAUUGCAAUAAAUUGGAAAAGAUAGUUUCUGAAUUGGGCAAAUUUAAUUCACUCUUCAAUUUUCUUCUUUUCGGCACGAAUUGAGAUUUUAUAUGGAGUCUACUUAAAAAGCAAUUUUUAUCUAUGACUUAACGAGGUGUCAUUCUAAAACUUUAUUUGAAAUCGUGCCUAAUAUAGAGUGCAUAAAAUGCAAAAAAAAUAAAAUUAAAUGUCCAAUCAGCUUCCAGGAAAGUCUUGCACUUUAUAUAAAUUCCAUAAAUUAUACAAAUUACUGACAAUUUUUUAAAUAGUAUUUUAAGAUAUUGAUUUUUAAAAUAUGGGGUGUUGAAAGUAAGAGUUCGGGCCUAAAAACUGAUUUGCAAUGAGGUAUUAUAAGCCUUUUUUACUUUUUAAAUAGCAAAUAAGAUUUGAUAUUAAUUAUUGUCAAAUGUAAUUAAUGAGUGAAAACUGUGAUUACUGCAACUUUGUAACGUUUCCAAGAACUAAUGUUUGCUUCAAAAUGAUCUUGCGAUAUCAAUUAAUUAAUAUUAAAGAGCCCUAUAUCUUGGACACCCUGUAUUAUAAUAAAUUAUUCUUUUGGUGUAUAUGAUUAUUGUGAUAUAAUUAAUUAGCUAGUUAUUCUCUUGGUUAUACCAAUAAUCUCUAUUUGGGGCCAAGUUGUGGAACCUAGCCAAAAUUAAUCCGUUAGAAAAUGCUUUAAGUAAUUUUCUUAUUUGUUUUAGAAAAAAUAAUAAGCAAUUUGUACAACUUCUUGUAAAUUAUUUUAUUUUGUUUUAGUUCCUAUAAGAAAAAAAAAAAUUGUUCUUAACUUUAUAUCAUAUUUUAUUUGAAUCUAAUAAAAGUAAAUUGUUUUUA